UAGGCCCCGUUCACACGGGAACGCAAUCGUUCCGUUCCAUUUUUGUUCCAGUUUCUGGAACGAAAAGGUAUACUGUUCACACGGUAACGGAACGAUUGCGUAUCGAUUUUUGUUUAUGUUCAGACGGGAACGCAAUCGUUCCGUUCUGCAAUUUGCGCGCCAAAAUAAGCGAAUGAUUUUUAAUGCGCAUGUCCAUAAUGGAGAUAGAUUUCAUCAUUUCGAUUUAUCUCUGAGCUAUCUCUGAAUUUUUUAAACAAUUUGAAUAAAUGGGGAAUACAAAGGGGCCCGAAAAUAAGCAAGCUCGUAGGAAAAUUGAAGCCAACCCUAAAAGGAAGGAAUUUCAAUGUUUGCAGAAUGGUGUUGAAUCUUUUAAAUGGACUAAGGGCGAGAUUCAGACAAUGGUGUUUUUGAAAUCCUCCAUUUUCUUCGCUGAGUUUAUUAUUGUCACCUUUUCCUUCCCUCAACAACAACACAGACACAUGCGCCAAGGGCAAAACUCUUAUCGUUCCAUUUUCUGGACCAGUUCUGCGCGUUCACACGGGAACGGAACGGAACGAUUGCGUACCGUUCCACUUUUCGUAUCACUUAUUUUAUCGUUCCACUUUUUGGAACGAUGUCGUUUGAAGCGUUCCCGUGUGAACACAACCCCUGAGCGUUCCGCUUUUCGGAACGGAAAAGAACGGAACGGAACGAUUGCGUUCCCGUGUGAACGGGGCCUUAGACCAUCUUCAUUACGGAUCUCGAGAACUUACCUUUUCUGUGGUCUUAUUAUCUUUGGAAGCUUGUUUAUAAACUUUUCAAUUGAUUCUGACAUUCGGACAUCCUGCUUCAGCUUCUUCCAUUCGUUGCGAACAUUUCCAAAAUAUAAACGAGUUGUUCUACUUACUAUCGGGUCGUGUUCACCCAGCCUCCUAAGACUGUAACUUACUUCUCUUAAUUGGUCUUAUCUUCCUUAGUAGAAAAAAUCACCUCGUUAGUUCUCUUAUUAUUAAAUUGCAUUUUCCAUUAUCAUGCGAACAGAUUUACCACAUCGAAAUCAUUAUUCAAUUCGGAAAAAGCUCCUGCCUCGUUCUGAACUGUUGUAAAUAACAAAGUAUCACCUGCGAAAAGUUUAACGUCACAUUCUAGGAUACUAACAAGGUCAUUAAUGUAGAUUAGAAAGAAAUGUUGAUAUUCCCUUCCAAUGUUCUCUUCUUCGUAAAGCGAUGAAAAAUCGAUAGCAACAACGCCGAGAGAUGUACUAUGUUUUAUACUACGUCUGAACCGAGAGAACCCACCUGGGUGCCUACCUGGUAACAAAGGGAAUCGCAAUUAGCCAAUCAGCGGCCACAUCCGGUUUAGUCAAAUGCUCUAUCUAUUGCCACACUAUAAAAAGCGAGAAAGCUACGGAUAAUCCUUCCAAACAAACUUAUUGUCCUACGGACAGUUUCAGCUAUGUAAGGUGGGAUAUUUAUCGCCAUGUUUGCACAAACUUGAAAUUUAUUAAAAUGAUAAUAAAGAGAUUAGAAGUAAAGAUAUUUUGAACGAAGUAGCAGAACUGUGCAAGAGUGCAGAAGCCUUGUUUAACAAGAAAAUAUACUUUGAGUUGCCUAUAACAGUAUUUUCGUUUAUCGCAUCGUUAUAUCAGAGGGUUGCAGCUUAAAGGCAAAGAAAAGCAUAACAAAAGAUAGGCAUAUUCUUAUUGACAAGAGGAAGAAUAUCAUAGACAAAGAUGGUACCAGAAAAUGGAGUGAUGAGUCGUUGUCUCUCGCUGGUCCCAAACAAUCCAGAGAACCCGAGCACAAUAAUUGCUGGAACCGUUCUGAUUGUAUUUGCCUUUUUCAAUAUCCUGUCAAAUUCCCUUUUGAUUUUCGCAUUGUACAAAUCGAAGCAGAAUCGGACAUUUUCAAAUAAAUAUAUUCUCAUAAUGACAUUGUCAUAUUUGUGCUUUGGAAUCUUUGCACAGCUUGUGACAGGAGCAUUCUGGAUAUCAAGUAGACAAAGAAACUGCCUUGAGCUUAAAUCUGUUGAGUUUACGGUGACUUUUUUGGGAUACAUUUCAUUCUUUAUGAUAAUCACAAUUUCAAUAGAUCGGUACCUUCACGUUACAAAACCGAUUCGAUAUCAGGCGAUGAUGAACACUAAUCGGAUGACCCUAUUGGUUGUAUCUUGUUUUAUUAGUGGAUUUGUUGCUGCCACAAUAACUUUAGUAUGGGAGUCCUUCUACCGGCAGUUAACCAUCGUGAUUUUUAACUCCAUACUUCAGACAGUUUUUCUUAUAUUGAAUGCAAAAACAUUAAAAAUUCUUGAGAGACACCAAAGAAAUGCAAUCUUUCGAUUUCAACCUGGCGAUCGACAAAAAAUGCCGAAUUCUCAAAAUGAACGUUUAGCUGCAGUGAAAACAAUUCGUCUGGUUUUGGGUUUAUUUCUUAUCAAUUACACCCCCUACAACAUUUCUUCAGUUUUCUGGGCGUAUCAUGAAUUCAAAAAAAGUUCUGCACCCGGAGUUGUGCUGGACACAAUUUACAAAUGGAGCUGUGUAAUUGCGGCUAGUGUCAGUUUUCUUAAUUCAUUGAUUUUUAUACGUGGAAAUACAAAAUGCCGCAGAGUUUUAAGAUUGCUUUUCUGUAAGAGUACCGUAGCUCUUGGGUGAAAUACAAUAUUUAAAUUCAUAGGCAUGGAUACAGGAGCUGAGAGUAUUGCAGCAGCUUUGCUAAUCAGGGCAAGUUUAAAGCAUUUCAGGCCAUUUUCGGGAGUUCUUUCUCAAUGAACGAGAGUAGUCAGGCAAGAUCCAGACUGACCCUCCCUAAAUGUUUAACAUCAGCUAUGCCGAUGAUUAUAUUGACGACUAUUUCAAAGGUAUGCUAGAGAAUCAUAUCAACUUUUGAAAUGAGUAACUAGCUGCACUGAAAACACUUCGUUUAGUUAUGGAAGUAUUUGGUGUUUAAUACUGUCUAAUAACAAUGCAUUCACCGUCUGGUGUCAUAGAUGCCUUCUUUGAGUGGAGUGCUGUUUUUUGGAUUCUCUGAUCAAAUUUUAUGAAAAUUCAAAGUGUUACAGAACACUGUCAUCCAUUUCCAGCGCUGUUUGUGAGAAAAGUAAUGGACGACAUUGGAUAUCGCUUUUCAUUUAUAUGUUGAUGAUUAUAUAAAAGAUAUGCUAGACAUACGCAAAAUAAUUCCAAAAGAAAAGCAGAUUGGUUUUAUAUAGAGAAAUGGUACCAGAAAAAUUGUAACUUUUGGGCAGAGGACAAAAAGCAUUAGUGAGAAAAAAGGCAAGCAGCCACAAACACUUCUGGGCAUUAGAUGGAAAGACAUGAGCGUAAGAGACGUUACGCAAAACAACGAUGUCGUCGAGUAACUCAUUGAAAAAGAUUCAUAUGUACCAAUUUAAAAUCCUUCUUUCUUUGUACUCUGGAGAAGGUGGGCUUGGGACCUGAAGCCCCUAAUGCUGGAAAAAUUUCUUAGGGGUCUUCAAGUGUCAGGUUGCCGUGUAACAGAUUUUUCAAUUAAAUAAAAUGGUAUACACUAAUGUCGAAAAAAAGGACCUUCUCCCCUGUUUGCCAACUAUUGACUUCGUGAUUCUUGAAAACAAAGCGUAAACAGAAAUUUAAAAUUUUCAUAAAAUUACGGAGGUUGGCUCGAUUUCAGAAACUAUCCGUUUAUCCCCAACCUUAUGAAACAUUCUGAAUAAUAUGCUAUUAAUACCAGUUCAAAGCAACAUCAUGAAAUAAAAAUUAAGCAUUGGCUUAUACAAUUUCGAUUAACAACAUUCGACUGAUCUCAGCGUUGAAAUAGUAGAUAGAAACAGGCGCAUAUAUCCAGUCGUUGAAAGGGUAGUAAGAAAGGCUUUCCUUUUAAAACAUUUUUUGAUAUCACAAAACUGUCUUCAUUCUAUCAUUAAACCAGGCAUUAAUAUGUGCUUGUCGGUUUGAAUGGCGUGCCUCGACUUUUCAUGCAGCCCGAACCAGGGGUUAUUCUAACGUGGUUUUGUUACCGCUUUGUGGUGUUGUAAAUUUAAUUUGUGGUGUUGUUUUUUUCAAUUUUGUGGUGUUGUAAAAAAAUUGACCCUCUGGAAAAUAUAUGAAAUCAUUCGGUAAAACUGUGGGAAUUUCAAAUCAAAACACAACUUGACACAACAGAAGAAUUAUAGUUAAUAGUCAGCAAGUCCUGAAUCUUAAAACAUUUUUACUUUUGAUCUUGGCCAUUUAUCUUUUUUAUGUGGUUGUCUAAGGUAACACUUUAUGCCUCCAUGUACGCCCCUUGAAAUCAACGCUGACGUUUCUCUUUCUCUCUUAGUUUUUGCCUUCUCUUUUCGAUUUCAGACAUCCAUCACAGAAUAAAAAUGACACUUGGACAAGGGCCCAGGGAGUUUUCGGAAUACACUGACUACUGGGGAUGUCCCAACUAAAAC